AUGCCCAAACCUCAUCGCAUCAAGAAGAAUGAUGCUGCUUCAACCACCCAGCAGCACGUCAUCCCUACAAGAACUUACAAGCCGCAUCAAACCACCAGCUUGGAAUCUCCGCUCUUGCAUCUGAUUCUUCAACCAUGCCUGAGUUUCUUGCAGCCACUCUUGGCGAGUCUCUAUCGACUUCGUGGCAUUCUGGCACAUCCCACGAGAAUCAACGUGGUUCCUGAUUUCAUGGCAGGCUUCUUGCCAGCUCACCUUGCCUCUACUGCAGUGGGAGACUUGAUUUUGUUAGUUCCCAUUCUGACCUUUAUUUUGCGUGGCGCCCAUUACACCUUUGUGUCGCCCUCGUUGGAAUUGGGUGGCUACAUGUCGGCCUACUGCAUCUUUGUGGCGUAUCUAACAGCCAGCAAAUCUAAUUCCCUCUUUACCUGGUUGUUUGGAAUCCCAUACGAGCGUCUCAUUGGAUUGCACUGGUUCGCCUCUGUGUCAGGAGUCGUCCUGGGUGCCUUUCAUUGUUAUGUGUCCUAUGCGUUUGGAGGAGAUGAUGAUGGAGACUCGCGAUUCUCCAAAGCCUUUGUGGGAGGGACUCCCAACUUGGGCCGAUUUCUCUUUGACGGGGUAAACAAUUCGUCGGGAACCAUUUUGCUAACGUCCAUGGGAGGCAUGGUCCUGAUGAGUUUCUUUCAAUUCCUCCGCCGCUAUGCUUUCAAUAUUUGGUAUUUGCUGCAUGUGGUCUUUGGCAUUUUGAUUUUGAUCAUGUUGUUUGUUCACAGUGUUCCAUCAGCUGCUUUUGUCACGGCCUGGUGGGCCUUGGACUUGGUUGUUCGAUAUGCUGUCAUGGCCGGCCUCCAAAAUGUGACUCGCGCCAAACUACGCAUUCUUGGAAGCAAGAAGAAGGGGGCUCGUGUGGUGGAACUCAUUGUCAAGAAACCGAAAGGAUUUCAAUACAAUGCGGGACAAUUUGUUCGCUUGGCGGUGCCAGCAAUUUCGGCUGUGGAAUUCCAUCCCAUUUCCAUUGCUUCAGCUCCCGAUGAACAGUAUGUUGUAUUGCAAAUUCGAGAGUUGGGAGAUUGGACAGAACGCUUGUGUCAAUUGGCCGAAACAACCGAGUUUACAGAUGUUCUGCUCGAAGGUCCCUAUGGGGCAAUGUCGGUUGACUUGGAAGACGACAAUAAAUACACAAUGGUGUUGUGUGUCUCGGGUGGCAUCGGUGUGACACCCUGUCAAUCCGUUGCGAAGCAUCUCUUGUUGAAACAUCGACAAGAAGGCCGUCACUUGAAAAAGCUAAACUUUGUUUGGGCAGUCCGUGACUUGCAAAUGGUCCAAGAUAUGCCUCCCUUGUUCCUGGGAUCGACACCAAACUCGAUGGAGGACGAGGAGGCGAAUAUUACUAAUCCAACUAUACCAAGAGAAAACUACUCCAAGUCCAGCCCCGAGUUUCAACGAAUGAUGGAACGAUCGGAUGACCUUUGCAGUGGUGCGAUGGAUACUAGAGAUUCAUCACAAUCCACAACUCACCCAUUGGAUAUCGCAAAGCUGCCCCGUCGUCCUGCAGUGGUCCAAGCGGACAUUUAUCAUACUAAGAGAAGCAGCAGCAGCAACAGCAACAUGACAUCAAAUGGGCAGCUUCCGUACAAUUUGUACAGUGGACGACCCGAUUUGGAUCGAAUCUUUGACGAAAUGAAACGAAGUGCCAUUGCCAUGGGAGCGAGCAAUAUUGCUGUCAUUGGAUGUGGUCCACUGGCACUGAUAGAGUCUGUGCAAGAGGCUUGUCGCAAACACAGCUCCAGUGUUUUAAGCACGGGGGGUGAUGCAGUCUUUUUCGACUUUCACAAGGAACAUUUUGAACUAUAA